AUGGCUGCUAACAGGCCGAAGGUCACCCGCAAUGUUACUGUGUGUACCAUGAUGCCGCUACGGCGGUGCAUAGAGAAUCAUAUGGGGGAUAUUAGUCAGUGUGUGAAGGAGGUUCGAGACUUCGAACGAACAUGCAAUAAGCGGAAGCACUAUGUACAUGAUCGUGAUGGCCUCGAUGACUGCAGGAGUGGUCUCUACGGCUCUAAGCAGACAGUUUGA